CUUGGGUGAUAAAAGUUGGUGAUGAAGUACAACUACCUUACAAAGAAGGUCCCAUAGCCCAUGAAUGAAUGUGUGUGGGUCUUAAGUUAAUGGAACAAUGAAUAUCUUAUCAUCACAUCACUCCUUUAUCAAGUUCCAUAAAUCAAAGCAAAAACUCAAAGCAAUCCAUGGAAAACCUAAUAACAUUAACAACUACCAAACAUCUCUUCCUUUGUUUCUCUUUGUUCUAUCUCUUCUUCACCUAUCUUUUCCUUGCUCUUUACGUCAUUUCCUCUCAAUCCAAAUGCCUUUUCAGAUCAGAACCUUUUCAUCUGAUUAAAUCUUCUUCUCUCUUCUCCUACCCUUCUUCCUAUGGACAGCACAAGUAUGCCAUUUCAACCUCACGUUCUACCUGCUCUUCUCCUCUCAAUUUUUCAGAUUACUGGGAUGUAUUGAAGGAGAUUCAGAAUUUGAGCAGGAACGCUGAAUGUUCCACAAGAAAUGUGAGGUACAUGCAGAUGCAGGGUGGUGGUGAUAGUUUCGGUGGGAAUCUGAGUAGCCAUUUAAGGUUUUCUUUUUUUGAUCACCAAAACGAUAGCAGUGAAGUGCCUUGUGGAUUCUUGAAGAAAUUUCCAAUAAGUGAUUCUGAUAAAAUAGCCAUGGAAAAGUGUGAAAGUGUAGUUGUAGUUUCAGCAAUAUUCAAUGACCACGACAAGAUCCGACAACCUAGGGGUCUUGGGUCCCAAACACUAGAAAAUGUCUGCUUCUUCAUGUUCAUAGAUGAUGUUACCCUGAAAGGGCUUCAAUAUCAUGGCUUAAUCUCAACAUAUUCCAGUGGAUACAAGAUAGGUGUGUGGAGAAUUGUGAAGGUUACGAAAGAGGAUUUGUAUUAUAACCCAGCGAUGAAUGGUGUUAUACCAAAAUAUUUAGUUCAUAGGCUUUUUCCAAAUUCCCAAUUCAGUGUUUGGAUAGAUGCAAAACUGCAACUGAUGGUUGAUCCUUUGCUGCUCAUUCAUUCACUCGUUAUAUCUGAGAAUGCAGACAUGGCUAUAUCAAAACACCCACAUUUUGUUCAUACCAUGGAAGAAGCAAUGGCCACUGCCAGAUGGAAGAAAUGGUGGGAUCUGAAUGCCUUGAAGAUGCAGAUGGAGACCUACUGUGAAAAUGGAUUGCAGCCAUGGAGUCCCACCAAAAUGCCAUAUUCCUCAGAUGUACCAGACAGUGCACUGAUCCUGAGGAAGCAUGGACUAAGAAGUAAUCUAUUCUCAUGUCUUAUAUUCAAUGAGUUGGAGGCUUUCAACCCAAGAGAUCAAUUAGCUUUUGCAUUUGUUAGAGAUCACAUGAACCCCAAGUUGAAGCUGAACAUGUUUCAGGUUGAAGUUCUUGAACAAGUGACUGUGGAGUACAGGCACAAUCUCAAGCCAAGUGAUGUGUCCUUUGCCAAAAAAUCAUCUAUGACAACAAAAACUAUAAGGGCACAACCACAUUUGUUGCAUCAAAAUGGAAGCUGUAGCAGUAAGUGCCAGCAGUAUCUUGCCACCAUGUGGGGGUCUCACCAAUAAUGUCCCAAAAGCAAAUAAUGAAUAAUUAUUUGAUAA